AUGGAUGUCAGCGGAAUGAGACCCACGUUUGGUGGAUAUCUGUUCCAAGGACAAGGGCGAAUGAAUCAACUAGGUGGAGUUUUCAUUAAUGGGCGACCUCUUCCUAAUCACACCCGCCUGAGAAUCGUAGAAAUGGCCGCUGCGGGAGUCCGUCCUUGCGUGAUUUCCAGACAGCUUCGAGUCUCCCACGGCUGCGUAUCGAAGAUUUUGAAUCGAUAUCAGGAAACUGGAUCCAUUCGCCCGGGCGUGAUUGGCGGCAGUAAACCACGGGUAGCCACGCCGGAAGUCGAGUCUAGGAUCGAAGAAUUGAAGAGGGACAAUCCAGGAAUAUUUUCCUGGGAGAUUAGAGAUAAACUUAUGAAGGAAGGUUUCUCGGAUCCACCAAGUGUCAGUUCAAUUAGCAGACUUCUUCGGGGUGGACGACCAGGAGAUGACCCAAAAAAGGAUUACACUAUCAAUGGCAUAUUAGGCGGCGGUCGCUGCGGUGACGACUCUGACACGGAAAGCGAGCCGGGUAUUCAAUUGAAGCGAAAGCAACGCAGAAGCAGAACGACGUUUACCGGUGAGCAGCUCGAACAGCUGGAAGCUGCGUUCCAACGAGCUCAAUAUCCAGAUGUUUACUCCAGAGAGGAAUUAGCACAGAGAACUGGACUGACGGAGGCGAGGAUUCAGGUGUGGUUCAGUAAUCGCAGGGCGCGACUCCGCAAACACAACGGUAACAUACAGCACCCUGUGACGAACCUGCAGUUGACGACUUGCCAAUAUGCAGCUAACCACGAGCUCGUACAGAUACAGCAGGUACCGAGCGGAAUAUCGCAAGUACCCCCUACGUUGCAUCACAGCCCGACGCUGCAGCAGACGUCUAGUAGCGUUCACCAAGUCUCCGGCAGCACCACUGCCGCCCCAAUGGCGAGCACGAUGACUCAGGUACCCACUACGAUGGGCAGCGCCCUUCAGGGGCACGCAGUCACCAUUUCCGGUCAUAUCGGUUCGCUUCCAGCACACGCAGCCUCCGUGCAACUCGCGCAGGUAUCAGCAAUGCAACCACCCGCCGCGCACGGUACGCCGUCGCUUUCGCACAACGCCGGUAACACUGAUUGGUCCAGAACACAGCUUGGCUGGGGACAGUUCAAUCAUUUUCAGAGCAGCGAUUACGGCAGUCAUCAGCAUGGGAGUUUGCAGACUACUCAGUCUUCGAGUACCUCGAAUACGGCAGGACCAACGUCAGAGUGGUACGACCAAGGCUAUGAUUACGCUCAGCACACUCACAAUCAGCUUAAUUAUCACCGUAGUAUGAGUGGAAUAUUUUAA